AUGAAACGUCUACUUGCCCUUCAAUGCAUCUUCUUAUUCGCUGUAACUGUCUACGCUGGUCCACCAUUAGGAAUACCCGAGGAAGAUCUCUCGGAACAAUGUCAGACUCCACUAUGUCCAGUAAAUAGAAACUCUGAAACUGUAAAUCUGCCCUAUCCUUUGGACUGCUUUCUUUACAUUUCUUGUGGAGAAACAGAAACUAUCGAAACCUGUCCGGAUAACUUAGUCUUCAACAAGAAAACCGGACUAUGCGAUACACCAGCGAACGCCCAAUGCGUACCGUGUUGGCAACAACCAUCGCCAUAUUAAGCUCUUAAUUAUUGUUAAAACGUUAUACGUGAAAUAAUGUUACAAUAUGUACGUAAAUUAAAUUAAAAGUCGAAUAAAACAAAUUUUGCAGCAAAAUUUGAUUAGCGAA